AUGCCCCUCCGUGGGAUGUUAUUGUCAAGAUGUUCAGAUUUCAAGAAAAAAGAGGCCAUCCUUACAGCCACCAGAAAGAACCCAACAUUUAAAUUUCAGGGUACUGUGGUCCAACUUUACCAGGAUCUCUGCGUGAGGACCCUACAGAAGAGAGGAUCACUAAGACCACUGACCUCACCAUUACGUAAAAAUCAGAUCAACUACCGAUGGGGCUUCCCUUUUGGUCUACAUAUACUACAUGAAGGAAGAGUUCUAACCAUCAGAGAGGUCCAGAAAAUACCAGACCUGUGUUCAUGUCUCAAAUUGGAGACCCCAGACCUUCCACCUACUACUUUAGGGCAAGAAAGAGAGAAGAACAUCCAAUGUAGAGAAUUGGCACAAAGACAAAGAUGGUGUUCAAAGGAUCUUAGAAGGCUUACAGUGAGUCAGAGAGGAGAGGUCAAGGGAAAGCACUUAGUAGGGAAUCUAAUGAGAGGUGGAGAAAAAGAUCAGAAGAGAAGAGGAGUUUCUAUUCUUAUUCAUGACUCCAUCCAGUUUCACACAGAUGAGGUCAUCAAAGAUCCGGAAUGGAGGUUUCUAGCAAAACCGGAUGGGUCACUUACAUCUAACCUGCAAGAAAUUGCGGAUACAUUCGCUAGCUACUAUGAUAUCCUCUAUGAUGGCCAAAAGGUGAAAAAAUCUAUCCAAAUGCAGAUACUUUUAAAACAAUUCCUUAUAAAAGCUAAACUGAAUACUAUAAGUCAAGCACAGAAAGAAGUACUUAACGCAGAAAUCUUGAGUGAAAAUAUUUUAACGGUUAUAAAGGAGCUGAAAGCGGGUAAAGCAGUGAGGCCUGACGGCUUCCCGGUAUUUAUUUUGCUCUACAUUUGGAAGGCUAUAUUCUUGGAGUUUAAUAUUUUAUACAGAAGUGGGGGUAGAAACACCUUUAUAGUUAGCGGGUCUUCCCCGCGAUCAGUAGCCAGGAUGGAUGGAGAUAUUAUUAUUGGAGCUCUUUUCUCUGUACAUCAUCAACCACCAGCAGAAAAAGUACCUGAGAGGAAAUGUGGAGAAAUCCGGGAACAAUAUGGCAUCCAAAGAGUGGAGGCCAUGUUUCAUACUUUGGAUCAGAUUAACAUGGACCAGACUUUGCUGCCAAACAUCACAUUGGGAACAGAGAUUAGAGAUUCUUGUUGGCAUUCAUCAGUAGCCCUGGAACAAAGUAUUGAAUUCAUAAGAGAUUCCCUAAUCUCAAUUAGGGAUGACAAAGAUGGAAUCGGCAAAUGUUUAGAUGCUACUCCAACCCCUCAAGGUAGAGUUAAAAAGCCUAUUGCUGGUGUGAUAGGACCAGGGUCUAGUUCGGUGGCCAUACAAGUCCAAAACCUGCUGCAGCUUUUUGAUAUUCCCCAGAUUGCAUAUUCUGCAACAAGUAUUGACCUGAGUGACAAGACCUUAUUUAAGUAUUUCUUGAGAGUUGUCCCUUCUGAUAUCCUUCAAGCUAAAGCCAUGUUGGACAUUGUGAAAAGGUACAAUUGGACUUAUGUAUCUGCAGUUCAUACAGAAGGAAACUAUGGAGAAAGUGGAAUGGAAGCCUUCAAAGAACUUGCCACCCAAGAAGGCCUUUGCAUUGCCCACACAGACAAGAUCUAUAGUAACGCUGGGGAGAAGAGUUUUGAUCGACUACUGAGGAAACUCCGUGAGAGAUUACCUAAAGCCAGAGUUGUUGUCUGCUUCUGUGAGGGGAUGACUGUCAGAGGGAUCCUCAUGGCUAUGAGGCGUUUAGGUGUGGCUGGGGAAUUUCUGCUCAUUGGAAGUGAUGGCUGGGCUGACAGAUAUGAAGUUAUAGAAGGUUUUGAAGCAGAAGCAAAUGGAGGAAUUACUAUAAAACUGCAAUCUGCAGAAGUGAGAUCAUUUGACGACUACUUUUUAAGUCUACGUUUGGACAAUAAUUUUCGAAAUCCUUGGUUUUCUGAGUUUUGGCAGCAUCGAUUUCAGUGUCGUAUUCCUGGACACCCACAGGAGAAUACCAAUUUCAAAAGAAUUUGCAAAGGUAAUGAGAGUUUGGAAGAAAACUAUGUGCAGGACAGUAAGAUGGGGUUUGUCAUCAAUGCAAUUUAUGCAAUGGCUCACGGACUACAUGACAUGCAUCUGGCCAUGUGCCCAGGACACGUUGGCCUGUGUGAUGCCAUGAAACCAAUUGAUGGCAGCAAACUACUUGAAUUUCUUAUAAAGUCUUCAUUUAUAGGAAUUUCUGGGGAAGAUGUUUGGUUUGAUGAUAAAGGUGAUGCCCCUGGAAGGUACGAUAUCAUGAAUCUGCAAUUGAUUGAAUCCAGUCACUACGAUUAUGUACUCAUAGGAACAUGGCAUGAGGGAAAUCUAAAUAUUGAUGACUUUAGGAUACAGAUGAACAAAAGUGGAAUGGUUAAAUCAGUAUGCAGCGAUCCUUGUUCAAAGGGACAAAUAAAGGUUAUAAGGAAAGGGGAAGUUAGCUGCUGCUGGAUCUGUACUCCUUGCAAGGAAAACGAGUUUGUACAGGAUGAGUUUACGUGCAAGGCCUGUGAUCUUGGAUGGUGGCCUACCCCGGAACUGACAGGUUGUGAACCGAUACCUAUAAAGUACCUAGAAUGGAGUGAUAUAGAAUCUAUGAUUGCUGUGGCCUUCUCCUGUAUGGGCAUCCUCAUUACAAUGUUUGUUACAUUAAUCUUCAUACUUUAUCGGGACACACCGGUGGUUAAAUCUUCCAGUCGUGAGCUCUGCUUCAUAAUCCUUGCUGGUAUUUUUCUUGGCUACAUAUGCCCUUUUACAUUGAUAGCCAGGCCCACCACUACUUCAUGUUACCUACAACGUCUUUUAGUUGGACUUUCCUCAGCUAUGUGCUAUUCUGCAUUGGUAACAAAGACCAACCGUAUUGCCCGUAUCUUAGCAGGAAGCAAGAAGAAGAUCUGUACUCGUAAGCCUCGUUUUAUGAGUGCCUGUGCCCAGGUAGUCAUUGCCUCAGUAUUGAUUAGCAUGCAGCUCACAUUGGUAGUAACUUUAGUCAUCAUGGAACCUCCCAUGCCCAUACUUUCCUAUCCAAGUAUUAAGGAAGUAAACUUAAUUUGUAACACUAGUAAUCUGGGUGUUGUUGCCCCCUUAGGCUACAAUGGACUGCUCAUCAUGAGUUGCACCUAUUAUGCCUUUAAGACCAGAAAUGUCCCAGCUAACUUUAAUGAGGCUAAAUACAUUGCUUUCACCAUGUACACUACCUGCAUAAUCUGGUUAGCCUUUGUCCCAAUUUACUUUGGGAGCAACUACAAGAUCAUCACAACGUCCUUUGCAGUCAGCCUUAGUGUAACAGUUGCUCUAAGCUGUAUGUUCACUCCCAAAAUGUAUAUAAUUAUUGCCAAACCAGAGAGGAACGUCCGUAGUGCUUUCACAACCUCAGAUGUUGUACGGAUGCAUGUUGGUGAUGGAAAAACUCCUUGCAGAUCCAACACGUUCUUGAGUAUCUUCCGGAGAAAGAAACCUGUUGCUGGAAAUACAAAUUCUAAUGGAAAGUCUGUGUCAUGGUCUGAACCAGGUGGAAGACAAGUACAGAAGGGACACCACAUGUGGCACAGACUAUCGGUGCACGUGAAGAGCAAAGAGGCAGGAUUAAACCAGACAGCUGUGAUCAAGCCCCUAACCAAAGGAUACCAGGUCCAGAACAAGAGUCUCACAUUUUCAGACAUAAGUACUAACACUUUAUACAAUGUGGAGGAGGAAGAAGAGAAUGAACCAAUCAGGUUCAAUCCGCCAAUUAGCCCUUCCAUGGUUAUACACAGGCGCUUGAACUCAACACCACCACCUUCACAAGAUUUUGAGGAGGGCUCAAUAUACUUGUCGGAACAAGCUUCAAAAAGCCUACCUUUACAAAAAUCUAUCAUGGACCAGCUUCAUGGAGUGAUAAAUAAAUUUUCCACUGGUAUUCCAGACUUUAACUCAAUUAUUGCAGUACCUGGCCCUGGAAAUGGGGUGGGUUCCAUGUACUCACCUGACCAUCUUCAGCAGCAAGUGCUUCCACUUCAGAUGUUGACCUUCAGUGAAGGUUUAGACUCGCCAACAGAGGAGGUGGAAAGUGAAAAAUUAAAUCUCAUUCAGGAUUAUGUGUAUGACAACACAGCUAUACCAGAUGAUGAACCUGUUCCAAAUAAACUGAUUUUAGAGGAUUCACCUGCUUUGACGCCUCCUUCUCCUUUUCGGGAUUCUGUAGCUUCAGGUAGCUCUGUGCCGAGUUCACCGAUGUCAGAAUCAGUGCUGUGCACGCCUCCAAGUGUAACAUAUGCUUCAGUUAUAUUAAGGGACUUCAAACAAAACUCAUCCACCUUGUAG